AUGCGUAGAGGUCUUGGAGUUACGGGUUUAAAAAGGAAAAUUGCGGCCAAUGAUCAAUUUCGUGAGUUUGGAAACAAUAAGGCGGAAAUAGAAAUGCAGCAGGAACAACUCCAAGUUUUCAAAACAAAUCUGGAAGAGUUUGCUCGCAAAUAUCGUAAAGACAUUCGUAAGAAUCCUAUGUUUCGAGCACAUUUUCAGAAAAUGUGCACAAAUAAAGGAUUUUGGGCAGAAUUUUUAGGAGUAGGCGAUUUUUAUUAUGAACUUGGCGUACAGAUUAUCGAAAUUUGUUUAUCUACUCGAGGUAGAAAUGGGGGAUUGAUUGAAUUAGAUGAAUUGAAACGACAAUUGGUAAAAAUGCGUGGAGGUAAUAGUGGUGGUGGAAUUAGUGGAUCCAAUUCGUCACAAGAGAUCAGUAAUGGAUUUGAAAUAUUACAAAUUGGUGAUAGAAAAAUGGUAAGAUCAGUCCCACGGGAACUAAACAUAGAUCAAUCUGAAAUAUUGGCUUUGGCGCAGGCGAAAGGCUAUGUCACUAAAGAUAUAAUAGAAUCAGAAUUGGGAUGGGGAACAGAACGCAUAAAUGAUGUUAUAGAUACAUUACUUUCGGAUGGCCUUUGUUGGAUAGAUGAACAAGCAUAUCCCAAUGAAUAUUGGGUACCUAGUUUUUUUAAAGGUGAUGAACAGUACGAUGUUAUCGUUCUCGGAACUGGCUUAACUGAAUGUAUUCUCUCUGGCUUAUUAUCUGUUGAAGGAAAAAAGGUCCUUCAUAUGGAUAGGAACGACUAUUAUGGUGGUGAAAAACCACCUAGUGAAUUGGGACGUGAUCGCGAUUAUAAUAUCGAUCUCAUUCCCAAAUUUAUGAUGGCCAAUGGAGAACUUGUCAAAAUUCUUACUCAUACCGAUGUUACACGUUACCUUGAAUUCAAACAAAUUUCUGGCUCUUAUGUAUAUCGUGAAGGACAAAUCUCUAAAGUUCCAGCUAGCGAAGGGGAAGCUCUUCGCAGCGAUUUGAUGGGAAUGUUUGAGAAGAGAAGAGCAAAGAAAUUCUUCGAGUAUAUGCAAAACUGGCGGGAGGAUGAUCCAUCUACUCACCAAGGCGUCGAUCUAAACACUGAACCAAUGUCUAAAGUCUAUGAAAAAUUUGGUCUUGAACCUGGAACUCAAGAUUUUAUUGGCCAUGCGAUGGCUUUAUACUUGGAUGAAUCUUAUAACCGAAUCAUUCUUUAUAUUUCCUCUGUGGCUCGUUAUGGAAAGAGCCCUUACAUUUAUCCAUUGUACGGUUUGGGUGAAUUGCCUCAAGGUUUUGCUCGGCUGAGCGCUAUUUAUGGUGGUACUUAUAUGCUCGAUAAAGCGGUCGAUGAAAUCGUCUAUGAUGCAGAUGGCCGUGUUUGUGGUGUACGUUCGGGUGACGAGGUUGCUAGGACAAAACAAGUUAUCGGUGAUCCGUCCUAUUUCAAAGAUAAAGUCCGUAAAGUCGGAAAAGUUAUCCGCGCUAUCUGCAUCCUAAAACAUCCUAUACCUAACACUGAUAACGUGGACUCUAUUCAAUUAGUGAUUCCACAAAACCAAGAACCUAUUGAAGAUGGAUGUAAGGACCAAGUUUUCAUCUCCCGUUCCUAUGACGCCACUUCUCACUUUGGUACCGUGUGCGAUGAUGUCAAAAACAUUUACCGAAGGGUAACUGGUAAAGAUCUUGUCCUAAAACAGAGACCAAGACAAGAAGAAGAAUGCUAA